CCGAGGUGCGCCGCUGCUCAGUGUGAAGGGAAAGCGGUGGAGGAUUAUCGGCUAGCCGGCUAACGAGGCGUCCGACAGCGGUCCGGGAGCCGCUAUGGAGAGAACCCUUUGAAGCGGACCCGCCGUUAACCCGUAGAACCGUGUCGGCGGGCCGCCGGGCUUAAAUGCAGCGACUUGUACCCGGAGGGAGGUUUGUGGAUCAUGCCGCUGUUCCGAUAGGAAACUUUUCUCCCCCCCUCUCCUCCCUCCUCCUCCUCCUCCCCCCUCCUCUGAACGCCGCCCGGGAAGAGCGCUAGCAGCCUCCGAGCUAGCCGAGCUAGCACACCGCUUCUAACUGGCCCGCGGGCUGAGAUGGUUCCGGCCCGUUCCGCUCUCUGCUGACCGGACAGCUCCGAACUCAACUUCAUGUCGACCCAAAGAGUCCGGAUCUGAAGAUGAAGAAGCAGUUCAACCGGAUGAAGCAGCUCGCCAACCAGACUGUGGGCAGAGCGGAGAAAACAGAAGUCCUCAGCGAUGACCUCUUACAGAUUGAGCGGCGGAUGGAGAUGGUGAGGGUGGUCUCCCACAACACACACAAGAAGAUGGUCACAUGUCUGCAGGGGCACAUCGGAGCAGACGUCGAGAAGAGACACUCCGUACCACGCCUCUAUACAGGAAAUGGUCAGAAAAAGCUCCCCCUGACAGCGCUAUCCCAGGCCAUGGUGGACGGCGGGAGCCAGCUGGGAGAAGACUCGCUGAUAGGGAAGAUGAUGGAGUUGUGCGGGGAGGCAGAGAACCGUCUGGCAUCGGAGCUGAUGCAACACGAGCUGCAGCUGGAGAAGGACGUUCUUGAUCCGCUCAACCAGCUGGCAGAGGUGGACAUCCCCAACAUCCUGAAGCAGAGGAAGCAGCUGGCCAAACUGGUGCUGGACUACGAUUCUGCCAGAGCGAGGUGGUUGCAGGCGACCAAGUCGAUAAUCUCAGGAACAAACACUCAGGCGCUGACGGCCAAAGCUGACCUGCUGAAGGAGGAAGUGGACGAGGCCCUCAACAAGGUGGAACUGUGCAAGGACCAGCUUGCUGCCGACAUGUACAACUUCUUCUCUAAAGAAGGAGACUACGCACGCUACUACGUAAUGCUGUUGGAGGCUCAAGCUGAUUACCACAGAAAAUCUCUUGCUCUGUUGGAGAGUGUCUUGCCAGCCAUCCAGGUCCAGCAAGACUCGUGGACGGAGAAGCCGGCGUUCGGCACGGCGUUGGAGGAGCACCUGAAGCGGAGCGGCCGGGAGAUUGCUCUGCCCAUCGAGGCCUGUGUGAUGAUGCUGCUGGAGACCGGCAUGAGGGAAGAGGGUUUAUUUAGGAUUGCUGCAGGGGCCUCAAAACUAAAGAAGCUCAAAGCUGCACUGGACUGUUCCACUUCUCAACUGGAGGAGUUUUACUUUGACCCUCAUGCUGUUGCUGGAGCGCUGAAGUCAUACCUAAGAGAACUCCCCGAGCCCCUGAUGACCUACCAGUUCUAUGACGAGUGGAUUCAGGCGUCCAGCGUGUCAGAUCCAGACAAAAGGCUUCAGGCACUCUGGGUUGUCUGUGAUCAGCUACCAAAGAACAACAAAGCCAACCUGAGGUAUCUGGUGAAAUUUCUUGCCAAGCUGGCUCAGGAAAGUGAGGUAAACAAGAUGACCCCCAGCAACAUAGCCAUCGUCCUGGGUCCAAACCUGCUCUGGGCCAAGACCGAGGGAAGUCUGGCUGAGAUGGCAGCAGCUACGUCGGUCCACGUGGUGACCAUCAUAGAGCCCAUUAUCCAACAUGCAGACUGGUUCUUUCCAGAGGACGUGGAGUUCAAUGUCUCCGGCAUGUUCGCCAUGCCGACGCCGCAGGCCAACCACAACAAUCACCUGGACUAUGACAGCGGCACUAUUGAGCGGAAGAGGCCUGGCAGCAUGGUGGGACCGGAGAAUGACGCGUCACGUAAAGAGAGCUCCGCUAACAAACACUCGGACCACACGCUCCGCAGAGGCAGCAACACUUUAGGUAGAAAGCAGCACGCUUCGCCCGCCUUCCAGCCUCCUCUGCCGCCCGUGGAGGCUCCGGGGCCGGUUCAUGGAGCCGGGCAGGUCCCUCACCCCGCAGCCGAAGCCCUGCCACAGCCCCCGGCUACGGCCGGGGGCCCGGGGUCUGACCCCUGCCAGCCGAGCACGGCAGUGGGUCCGACUUCUGUGGUGGCAGCCCAACACAGCGAGGAUGUCAGCAACCCAAAGCUACGUGACCCCAACUCCACCCUCAACCCUCCGCUCCAGAGGAACGGGUCCGGCGGGGGGCCCGCUGGCGGGGCAGGCAUGGGGACCCCCGGGGCCGGCCCCAUGGGGCCCAGUCCUCACAUGAUGCGCAGAGGAACUAAAAAACCGGCUCCUGCUCCUCCCAAACCCACUAACCCUCCUCCCAGUCAGCCCAGUAACGCCACAAGCCACCAGUCCUCUUCAGGCUCCUCCCACUCCCUAAGCCCCACUCUCCGACCCCUCUCCAGUCACUCCCCUACCUCCCCGACUUCCCCGACGCCGCAGCCAAGCGCCACGCCCAGACGCUAUUCCAGCAACCAGACGCCAAUCCAGGCGCCCAACCACCCUCCUCCACAGCCUCCCACGCAGGUCAUUGCAGCGAGCCAGCCCACCGGCGAACAACAGGGGACGGAGCACUCGCCUCCGGACACCCCCACCCCACCUGACACCCCUCCGCCUUCUGCCGGCACCCAGGACAGCCCUGGGUCAGCCCCUCCCCCCUCCCCCUCCCCCUUCCAGUCAGGCUCGCUCCCUCGGCCACGGCCCGUCCCGAAACCCAGGAACCGACCCAGCAUCCCCCCUCCGCCGCAGCCCCCCCCGCCAGCUGGCGACACCAAUGGGAUCUGUGCCACCGCAUACAAGAUGAUGGAGCCGGCCAUGUCUCUCAAGCCGCUGAGUCGAGCGUUGGUACCCGAGCUCUCCGCGGAGCUGCAUGCUGCCUCCUGCCCACCAUCUCCUCCCAAAGACGCUGACCUGGACUCUGAGAGCACCGUUCUAUAGAGAGAGGAGUCCGCCCAGCCCCUCCCCCACCCACCUUGUUCUCUUCCUCCUCCACCUUUGUCCCAGCCCUCAUCCUCACUGUGAGCCCUACAACACACACACACACACACACACACACACAACAUGCAUACACACUCAACACGCACUGAACACACCCAGUACGGCUCCAUCAGUCACACCAAGCUCCGGACAAUCAACCAGAAAAGUUUGACCUCCACAACCUUCCAGAACUUUCAAGAACCUUCGGAACUUCUCUGAUCUCUCAAAUCAUAUCUCACCCACGUGGCUGUGUCAACACCGCUAGUUUAGAUGUCUACACGGAGGUCUCGCGCCUCUGAAGGGCAACCCGAAGGGGCUGGUGUGUGUGUGUGUGUGUGUGAUUCCUACAGCUUUGGUAUUUGGUUUUGAAGGGUUUUCUUGUGUUUUUUGGACCCCAUUGGUGAAAAUGGCCUUAGAUGAACUCGUGAAGAAGAAAGGUGUCUCUGCGGCGAGUGUGUGUGUGUGUGUGUGUGGUUGGUUGGUUGGUUGGUUGGUUGGUUGGGGGGGGGGUUGUUGUUCAAAGUGUAUCUGGUGACUGCAGGUUUCCAGUCGUCUCAAACACUCAGUUUACCUUUUUACCUGUUUUUGUAUGACCGCCGCUCUGUCUGUUUUUCCUGUCUGUUGUAUUUAUUCUCCAAGUAUCACACAUUCCCCGUGACGUCACACGUGUCCGAGCCCUCUCGAUGCCUUAUCGCUUCUCACAGAACUGGAACCAUUAUAUCCACACCAAACGCAGAGCAGAAGUAUUUUACAUAUUGACUGUGCGGAGGAUGUGAACAGCCCACCGGGUUAUUCGGCAACAGACGACACAGACAAGCAGUUAGGUGAACCCGGUUCCUCGUCUCGUUAAAGUCCGACGUUGCGGACGUCUGUCUGGGACGUCGUCUGUUUCUUGCGGUGUGGGCGGGGCAUUACUGACCGCUUCUACGUAGUGAAUGUAGGGAAACGGAUGUUUUGAAAGCACUCGCAUGCUUCUAUUUCCUGUAAGCGGUGAAUCGUGACUUCAGGGGUGGACGUUGCACUCGAGGAGUGAUUUCUACAGACCUCUCUCAAACAUGGCCGACGCACCGCCCUUUCUGCCUAAAGAUCAGCGCUUCCUGUAGCCUUCCGUGUUAGAAAGGUGUCUUUUCAUCGCCUUUAGUUCUGUGACGGAAUCAAAGUCAAUAGGAAGUUGGCUUUUCAACGCUGCGGGUGGAACCGGUCUUCACCUUCCUGGCAGAAACACGUCGGCCAUGUCUGUGAAGAAGGUCUGUUGAGCUGGUUUCCACAAAAGAGACUUUUUGUGUUCCUCUUUCCCACUGAGCUGAGUGUACAGUGCAACAACUCAGUAGUGAUGUGGUGGUGGUGGUGGUGAAACCCGUGGCGGCCUCACGCCGUGUUUCUGUGUAUAAGCUUUUUGCUUUUUUUGCCUUGCGUAUGAUUCAGGGUUUGUUUCCCCCGAGGACAAAGCCGACAUGGUACCCAGGGCGGGUCGGGUCAGCCAGGCCACGGUCCGCAUUGUAAAUGUGGCCGAGUUUCUCUGGCCCCAUCCUGAACCUCGUUGCCUUAUCCCUGAACAUCUGGAGCUCCUGUCAGACAAACGCCAUUAAAGCAGACGUGAUGGUGCUGCAGUGUAAAGAGCAGACGUGAUGGUGCUGCAGUGUAAAGAGCAGACGUGAUGGUGCUGCAGUGUAAAGAGCAGACCUGAUGGUGCUGCAGUGUAAAGAGCAGACGUGAUGGUGCUGCAGUGUAAAGAGCAGACGUGAUGGUGCUGCAGUGUAAAGAGCAGACGUGAUGGUGCUGCAGUGUAAAGCUCCCGUAGCUCUGUAUGUAAGCUGUCUGGUGAGCUUCAAUAUGAGAUGAAAACUUAAAUAUGAGAUGAAACUAUGUAAUAUGAACGCUUGGUUAUAUUCCCUUUCCAAAGAAAAUAAAGUGUAUGAGAACAACACACUGCUCGUCACUGUUUGUGUUUGUGUGAGUUGUAUUAAGGAGUAACCGCCGCACCACACUGACCGGACAGACCACACCACGAUUUUAGUCUGGGGGCCAUUUAUGUUAAAAAUGCUUUAAUGUGGAUUAUGGAAUAUUCUGGAAGGAUGUUGCCAUGUUAACUGAAACUCAACAGUCCAGAUACCGAAGAGAUGGCCCCACAGUUCCUAAAGGAAAAGGGUCAAAGGUCAUGCUUUUUUGGGGGGGGGGUUCCGCUUUUUCACCCCAAUUGUACUUGGCUAAUUACCCCACCCUUCCGAGCCGUCCCGGUCGCUGCUCCACCCCCUCUGCCGAGCCGGGGAGGGCUGCAGACUACCACAUGCCUCCUCCAAUACAUCCGGCUUCCCACCCGUAGACACGGCCAAUUGUGUCUGUAGGGACCAGAGUCCAAAGGGGUGUUUUGGGGUCACGUAGGUCCUGACAGACGUUAGCUGGUUUCCUGUAGACAAGUUUAUAAAACACAAUAUAAAACACUACUACUACCACUACUACUACUACUAGUCCUCUACUCCAUCACUAGUAUUAUGAUAUGUCUACUGGCCUCAGAAAGCUCCGUGUUUCU